AGAAAAUAAACUCACAUGAUUUCGUUAUCACAUGAUCCAGACUGCCAGAAAUAUUGAAGAGACUAGGCAAAUAGCACACACAAAAUUAAGAACAGCAAGAUGCAGCAGUUACUGGUGUUAACAGCGCUCUGUGUCGUAUAUGCAAGUGCUGGCAGCCCACCAGAGUGUCGUUAUGGGCCCACUUAUUGGUGUCAGAAUGUGAGAACAGCCAAGUCCUGUGGUGCGGUGACACACUGCAUUGGUACAGUAUGGAAAACACAAGCACCACCAAAGACAGAGAACUCACAGGAGACCCUUUGUGAGCUCUGCAAAAAAAUUAUGACAGAUGUUCGAGAUCUGAUGACAGGAAACGAAACACAGGAGCAAGUUAAGGAGUUUCUAGAAGGUGCUUGCCAAAUGUUACCAAAACCUGAAUAUGUAACCCAGUGCACGGAAGCAGUUGAUGACUUUGCUGAGGAGAUAUUCCAGAUGCUCAAGGCACAACUGAACCCAGAUGUACUGUGUGCUGCCUUUGGAAUGUGUGCAUCCUACAAGAGCCCUUUGAUACAUGAGACUUUGCUGACAGAGUCGAGUGAGAUCACAAACUCUGUUGAUACCGAUACAUGUGCUUUGUGCAAGAAGUAUAUUGGUGAUGUCCGAAACUUUGUCACUGGCCCCACUGCUGAGCAAGAUUUCCGGAAUUAUACCAUUAAGUACUUCUGCAACUUUAUGGGUCCAUUUAAGGAACAAUGUAUCCAAAUGGUGACAGAAUUCACCCCAGAAAUUAUGGACCUAGUUAAGACUGAGAUGGACCCCACCAAAAUUUGUACAAUGCUGGGACUUUGUUCAGGAGCAUCAGACCGCACCCUGGAAAAGAUGAGAGCAUCCAGACUGGCCAGAACUAAAAAGAUACAGAUGAGCAAAAUGUUAAAGGAGGACGCAAGUGUGUGUGACGUUUGCAAGAAGAUUAUGACAGAAGCAAAAGCCAUAAUGACCAGUGCUAAGACUAUGCAAGAAUGGGAAGAUUACUUGAAGAAAGAUCUCUGCAGAUUCUUGGGACCAUUUAAAAAUGAAUGUUUAUCAAUCGUGAUGGACUUCACUCCUGAAAUUAUAAAGUUGAUGAAAUCUAAAAUGGAUCCAUCCAGCAUAUGCCAAGCCAUGGGGCUAUGCCGGGGAAACAGAAACAUUCUGAUUGUGAUGAAAAUGCAGUCAUCCAUGCUGGCCCAGAAGUUACAGGGACAUGUUGCUCAGGAUGAGUACUGCACUACUUGCAAAGAAGUCAUUCAGGAUGUAGCAACAUUUGUUCAGUCUAAUAAGCAAAUUGUGAAGAACUACAUAAAAACUCAGCUGUGCAGUGAAAUGGGAAGCUUUGCUGAAAUGUGUAACCAGACUAUAGACCAGUAUGGCGACAUCCUCUUUGAGCUGCUUUUGAAUGAAUUGAAUCCUGAACAAGUUUGCAGUGCCAUAGGGGUGUGCUCUGCAGGUAAAUCUUUUACGGGUGGUCCUCUACAUCUGCUGUCUGCUGUACAACCCAACAAGAAACCCAGGGUUUCUUCCGAGGUUUGCGUCAUAUGUGAAUUUGUUCUUCAGCAACUGGACAAUGUGCUCAAGGAUAAUGCCACUGAGGAAGAUAUUGUCACAGCUGUGAAAAAUGUCUGUUCCCUGCUGCCAACCACUGUAAGCAAAUCAUGUAACAGCUUUGUGGAUUUGUAUGGUCCUCAGGUCAUCCAACUUCUCUUAAAACAGCUCAAACCAGCCCAAAUUUGCAGUGAAAUAGGUCUUUGCAAUAACACCAUGAUAGUCCACAAUGUUCAAAGCAGUGACAUGUGCACGGAGUGUAAGAUAUUCUUGUCUUACCUGGUCUCCCUGUUCAAUGAAAAUGCCACUGUACAAGAAAUUGAGAAAGGUCUGCGUCAAUUGUGUAACUCUCUGCCCCAAGCUGACCAAAAUCAGUGUGAUAAGUUUGUGGCUGAGUAUACUCCACAGGUGAUACAGAUUCUGAAGAAUAUGAUUAGUCCUGAAGAGGUUUGCAAGGCUGUAGAAUUGUGCACCACCUCUGCCCUAAGACAACAGCUUCUUGUGCCUGCCAAAAAGAUAGUGAUGGGUGACAAAGGAUGCAAGCAGGGUCCAUCAUUCUGGUGUGCUAGCAUGACUAAUGCCAAGAAAUGCAAUGCUGUCAGCCAUUGCAGCAAACUCCUGUGGAAGAAGUAAUUUGAAACAAAUCAAGCGCAGUUAUGUUUUUCUCUUUUUCCAAAUUUUAAAAAAAAUCCAGUUUUCGUAUCUUUUCUCAUAAUAUUCCAUCUCUUCACAAACUUCAUGUGAAUUACUGCGUGAGGGUUAGUAAAAAUAUCAGCUGCCAAAUUAAGGAAUUUUUAUUUUCAAUCAUGGUCUAUAUGAUCUGCAAAAUAUCUCUUGUAUGCAUUAAUAAGAUAACAGAGUACAGAAUUCAUAUAUAGGACUGUAUAUUUGUCAAGGUCAUCAAUUACAGUGUGGAGACUUGGACUGAAUCUGAAGUAUUAUUACCAAGUAGUGGCACUCGUCAGCUGAUCAUCACAGAUAAGAUCUGAUCAUGUAAGAAAGACAGAGUAUUUUGAUGGAAAGAGCUCAGCUACUAAAACAUAUUACAUAAUUAUAUAACUUUUAAUGCAUGUUAACUUCUUUGGGUUUAUCAACUGCCCAAAUGUAGUAAUACAGCUUUGAGCUUUGCCUACUUAUUGCAGAAGAGCUAUUGUUAUACACUUGUAGCUAAACACUUAAAAGAUGUGUACAGGAAGUUUUUUUUUUUUUUUGUUUUUUGUUUGUUUGUUUGCAUUUUCCCCUCAUUUUACUUUUUCUUUUGACAAAUUGCUACAGUAAAAUGAUCAAAAUGAUCAUUACUUUGUUCUUCAGUUUUUCAUCCAGAAAAACCUCAUUUAGGCAGAUCACUGAAAAAACAGCUUUUUUUUUCUUAAAUUGCCUAAUUUGGAACUUCUUUGAAUCGCAGGACUUUGGUCAGCAGCAACAUCCAACUAUGUGUCUUGCUUUUUAAAGGACUUUUUAAUUUUAAAGGCAAUUAAAAGAAUUUUGUACUUAUUUGGAAAUUUGUUCAUUAUUAUAAUUAUUAUCCAGUAUAGAUGUUUCCAUCUUUCUUAUUACUAGGAUCACGUUUUUUAUGUCGGUGUUAAAUUAAAGAGUGCUGUGAAACUGUAAUGUCCAGGAUGGUUUUGAUGGUUAAAUAAAUUUUGUACAAAAUA